UGGCCCUCAGCUGUGUGGACGGUGGCCCUCGGGGCUGCCUCUGCCCGUCGGGGCCCCGGAUUCAGCUGCCUUGCUGCCGCCUGGUUCAGCAGCUCUUCCCUUGCCGUGGUGGCAGCACUGCGAGUGAGCCCACUCUCUUCCAGGGUCCCCGGCAUGGUGCUCAAGGCCUUCUUCCCGACGUGCUGCACCUCGGCGGACAGUGGGCUGCUGGUGGGACGGUGGGUCCCGGAGCAGAGCAGUGCGGUGGUCCUGGCUGUGGUACACUUUCCCUUCAUCCCCGUCCGAGUCAAGGAGCUCCUGGCCCAGGUGCAGCAGGCCAGCCAGGUGGGCGUGGCCGUGCUCGGCACCUGGUGUCACCGCCGGCAGGAGCCCGAGGAGGGCCUGGGCCGCUUCCUGGAGGGCCUGGGGGUCAUCUUCUUCCACGAGCCCUGGCUGCAGCUGUGCCGUGAACGGGGCAGCACUUUCUGGAGCUGCAAGGCCAUCCAGCGGUCCACACCCCCCGGCGUGCCCAGCGAGGACCAGGUCAUGCUCGUCUUCUAUGACCAGCGCCAGGUGCUGCUGUCCCAGCUGCACCCGCCUGCUGCCCUGCCCGACCACCAGGCUGGGGACGCCCCAGCCAGCGCCGGGGGCCUGGCCGCUGUCUUUGACACAGUGGCCCGCAGCAAGGCGCUCUUCAGCAGUGACAGGUUUGAUGAGGGGCCCGUGCGGCUGAGCCACUGGCAGUCGGAGGGUGUGGAGGCCAGCGUCCUCGUGGAGCUGGCCAAGCAGGCCGCCGGGCCCGCUUGCCUGCUGCUCAGCUUCCUGCUGUCACUCCUCUCAGCCAUGGCUGCUUGCCGGCUGUUUCGUCUGUGGCCACUGCCCUUCAUCUGCAGCAAGCUGUCCACCUGUGAGCAGGUCCGGCACCGGCUGGGGCAGCUCUCGCUCGUCUUCAGUACCCAGAAGGCGGAAAACCCCACCCAGCUGAUGAGGAAGGCCAACGUGCUCAUCUCAGUGCUGCUGGAUGUGGCCCUGGGCCUGGCGCUGCUGACCUGGCUCCAUGGGAAGGACCGCAUUGGGCAGCUAGCUGACGCCCUCAUCCCUGUGGCCGAUCGCGUGGCCGAGGAGCUUCAGCACCUGCUGCAGUGGCUAAUGGGCGCGCCUGCCGGGCUCAAGAUGAACCGGGCACUGGACCAGGUGCUGGGCCGCUUCUUCCUCUACCACAUCCACCUGUGGAUCAGCUACAUCCAUCUCAUGUCACCGUUCAUUGAGCGCAUCCUGUGGCACGUGGGCCUCUCCGCCUGCCUGGGCCUCACGGUUGCCGUGUCCCUCCUGUCGGACAUCAUCGCCCUCCUCACUUUCCACAUCUACUGCUUCUACGUCUAUGGCGCCAGGCUGUACUGUCUGAAGAUGUACGGCCUGUCCUCACUCUGGCGCCUGUUCCGGGGCAAGAAGUGGAACGUGCUGCGGCAGCGUGUGGACUCCUGCUCCUACGACUUGGACCAGCUUUUCAUCGGGACCCUGCUCUUCACCAUCCUGGUCUUCCUCCUGCCCACCACAGCCCUGUACUACCUGGUGUUCACGCUGCUCCGGCUCCUGGUGGUGGCCGUGCAGGGCCUUCUCCACCUGCUCGUGGACCUCAUCAACUCCCUGCCACUAUACUCGGUCGGCCUGCGGCUCUGCCGGCCCUACAGACUUGCCGCCGGCGUGAAGUUCCGGGUCUUGGAGCAUGAAGCUGGCAAGCCUCUCCGCCUCCUGAUGCAGAUAAACCCACUGCCGUACAGCCGUGUCGUGCGCGCCUAUCGCCUCCCCAGCUGUGGCUGCCGCCCCAAGCUCUCCUGGAGCUCGUUGUGCCGCAAGCUCUUCUUUGGGGAGCUCAUCUACCCCUGGAGGCAGAAGGGGGGCAAGCAAGACUGAGGGCCCAGCCACCACUCAGCAGUGCCUCCUGGCCACGGCAGUCUCUGCUCUACCCCGGGUGGCAUGGACUGUUGGGCAGUGAAUGCCCCCCAGGUGUCGGGUGGGAGAUGCCCAU